UCUCCGGUAUGCUUGGUGCUGAACGCUGACCCCCGCCCCUUCUCUCCUCUCCCUCCUUCGGUCAUGUGGUCGGUCUUCUUCGUCUUCCUGUCCUACCUGGACAGAGACCUGGUCCGAGGAGACCUCCUGCAGAGCCUGCGCGUGGACGCGGAAAAGCAGAGUAAGGCAUUGUUCUCCAUCAUCAACGGCACCCUGUGCGCCAAAAUGUCCACCGCGCACGGCGACAAGCUCCUCGACUACCAGGUGUCGGACGGGGCCGAGGUGGUCCGCUCGGUGGUGAGCUCCACCGGGGGGAGGCUGGUGGACUGCUCCGUGACCGCGGACAGCGCGGAGGUGGAGAGGUUCGUGUACGAGUGCAGGCUGGGAGCCAAGAGACAGGCGAGCUGGGGAAAGCGUCUCGAUGCGCCUUUUACGCACAUGGAUGAGGCCAAGACGACGUGUGCGCGCUUCCAAGAGCGGUCCAAGCGUCGUAGUGGUAGUGUCGGGGAGGACGGGAGGAGUCCACCUGAGGUGCUGAGAAGAUCCAAAAGAGGAUUUACCUAUCCUGGGACCCUAUGGUGUGGAGCUGGCAACAUGGCUGACCAUUACGAGCAGCUCGGAGAAUACGAGGAGACGGACAGCUGCUGCCGCACACACGACCACUGCCCCCACGUCAUCCACGCCCUGUCCUCCAAAUACGGAUACACCAAUUUCAAGUGGCACUCCAUCUGUCACUGUGACUGCGAUGAGGCGUUGAAAGACUGCCUGCGUCAGGUCAACGACACGUCCUCCAGGGUGGUGGGCCAGGCCUUCUUCAACGUCAUCGGGGCGCCGUGCUUUGAGCUGGCCUACGAGGAGCAGUGUGCAGAGCGCCACUGGUACGGCUUAUGCAAGCGCUACGAGAAGCUCCCCAUCGCAGUGGUGAAGGAGGCCGUGCCGUACGACUAUGGCGGUGUUGCCGUCAUCGACGUGCUGACCAGGAGUCCGCCCUUGAGGAAAGACUCCGGGAAUCAGGAGAGCGCCACACGUUCCACCAAGGUUGUCGCUGGUGACUUCGUCAAGGUACUCGCCACCAUCUCCACCUCACAAAGCGCCACUGCUGGCAAACAGUCUGAGGAGAGGAAGGAGAAGAAGAAGGAAAGCGCGAAGAAGAAGAAAAAGGGAAAAGGUCGGAAAGGAAAGCAGAAAGUCCCUUUGAGUAACUCCAUCAAAGGGGAAGACCCGGUGGAUGUGCAAAGACUGGCUGAGGUUCCAAACCAACCUUCCAAUGAGGUGAUGAAGGACCAACCAAUGAUGGAAACCACCACGGUCCAGCUGAGACCAGCAGAAGAAAAAAGCCCCCCCUCGGUGAAAAGCAGGCCAUCAAGGAAGGGCAGGAGGAAGGAGAAGCUCCCUCAACCUUCGUCAGGUGCCACCUACGUAACCGCCAUCACAAAACCCAAACAAAGCCCACCUGUCUGCCGCCACAAGGUCAAAAGAACCAGACCACACGAGCGAGGAGACAUUAAGUGCCAUCAAUCAUCCUCAACAUCUCAUCCCCAAAUAUUGGUCCCUCUCAUGAGCACAACACCAGCGCUGGACCCCACCCGGAGGCUGGACGUUCCCACAGUCUGUGUCCCCAAAAGACAACCAUCAAGGGGAAGAGGGCGGAGAAAUAAAAGGAUGAAAACGCCUUCUCAUCUUUUGCGGAACGCUUCGGAAAAAGUGCUAAAUCCCACAACGAUGACAGGAAACGGUGAGUCUGCACCGGAAGGAGAAGCCGGACCAACACGUUGGUCUCCUACAUCAACUACCAAACCAAGGCGGAACGCUGCCUCUGCCGCAGUCCACCACGGACUCCCACCGAUGACCUCCACACCCACGCCAGCCGCAGUCAGAACCUCCAGCAUGCGCGCACCCACCUCGUCCACCCACCACAUUAGCCCCAUGCAGCGCUCCAUUCAGAGAGCUGGAGAGCAAUUUGCCUGGAAGAGGAGAAGGAAAGCAGCGCUGACCGCCAGACCACGCCCAGACACGCCCGGGCAUCACCAGUGACGACUUCCAUUCCUCCAGCUUUAAAUCUGCGUAAUGUCAGCAUAUUAUUUUAUGCAUGCCUUCAAUAAAUGAACUCAUACAGUCUGGGGGUUCCGCUGGCUUUUUUUUCAUCCGCUCUCGGGUUUUUUGUUCCAUUCCAGUGGUACUCUACAGGUAGAUUUGGAAUUGGGAA